AUUAGAAUAAUGGGCAUUCAAAGCUUUUUCAGUGAUCUCAAGGAAAAGGUUCAGGGGAAAUCAAACCAAAGUAAAGGCAUACCAUUACCUUCGCCAAGAGCUGAAAAUCUUGGCGAAGAACUAAGGUUAAUGGUCAAUUCCCCAAGAUUUGAAGCAGCCUAUAAUACAGCUGCUCCAUUUCUAUUUGCCAGUUUGGGAGCUUGGCCAGGAUAUUGGGCCUUUAGAGCAAUGGAUUAUCAUGUCCAUCGAUCUCACAUACCAUUGGAGAUAUAUAUAAGACAGACCUACUACCAAGCCAAGGCUGUGCAACUAUUUAUUAUUAUGGCUGGCACUUAUACAGUGUUCAAAAACCACAAACUGUUGACUGCACAAAACAUUGAGAAUUCCCGGGUAAACGGAAAUAAAGAUAUAUAGAACGAGUCUACAUUAUCAACAUCAGCCAGCAGCUUCUAAAUAUGACUUCUUCGAUUUCUUGAGGCAUAAAUUCGACAACUAAAAGAUACGUCAAAAUAAAAGCGUUGGAUGCCUGAAAUGAAAACCGAAUACAACGAGA